AUGUGCGGAAUCUCUGCGUGUAUCUCCCUUGGUUCGGCUCCGACUGGUAAUGGCUGCGCGAAACAUACGGGUGUUGGUUGCAACGGAGAAACGAGGUCCCCAGACGUGGCCAACGGUAUAUCAAAGAAUCUUGCGACCCAGCUUCAAGCUUCGCUAGCCGUCAUCACCCACCGCGGCCCGGACGAUUCGGGCGUCUGGAUCAAUGAGACCGAGCAGGUCGGGCUGGGUCACUGUCGGCUCUCCAUCAACGAUCUUUCAUCUGCCGGGCGACAACCUCUGCACAGUAGCGAUGGUAAAGUGCAUGUCGUGGUGAAUGGAGAGAUAUAUGACUACGAUCGCCUACGGCAUGAAUGCGAGACUGUUCACCAAUACGUGUUCCGGAGCGACAGCGACAGUGAGCUUGUGCUGGCGCUCUACCAAAUCUUCGGUGCCCCAGAUUUCUUUACUCAUUUGCGAGGUGAAUUCGCAUUUGUGCUCUAUGAUGACCGUUCGGGCUCUCGACGACUGAUCGCCGCACGGGACCGGUAUGGAAUCAAGCCUCUGGUCUAUACUCGCCUUGGGUCAAGUCUACUCAUCGCCUCCGAGGCCAAGGCAUUCUUGCCCUUGGGCUGGAAACCUCGCUGGGAUGUGCGUGCAAUUGCUGACGCUGGCUGGAUGUUUGACGACCGAACGCUUUUCCGUGGCGUUCGAAAGGUUCUACCUGGCCACUAUCUUGAGACGACAAAAGAUGGUGUUGUGCAGCAGGUCAAGUAUUGGGAUGCAGAAUAUGAAGACAAGAGGAAACCGGAGGUUCGCACCCUAGACGAAAUGAUACAUGGCGUCCGUGAAAGGCUGGUCGAGUCCGUUCGUCUUCGCCUACGUGCUGAUGUGCCUGUCGGCAUCUACCUUUCUGGCGGAAUCGACUCUUCUGCUAUCGCGGGGAUAGUCACUGAUCUUGCGCGCAAGGAAAAUGCCAAAAUUGGCAGCGAACGGACGACCCGCGUCACCUGCUUCAGCGUGGGGUUCCCCGAGCUCUCCGGCUACGACGAAUCACAUAUUGCCGAGCGCACGGCCGAAUGGCUUGGGGUAAAGACCAUCAAGAAGACCAUCACCGAGGAAACUCUGGCCGAGAAUUUCGAAAACGCUGUUUUCCACUGCGAGCACCAUCACUUUGACCUCAACUUUGUGGCUAAAUUUGUGCUUUCCACCCUGCCUCACGAACACGGGGUCAAGGUCGUCCUGACUGGCGAAGGCGCCGACGAGCACUUUGCGGGUUAUCCUUACUUUUUCAGCGAGUUCCUCCGCGAAGCUGAUCAAGGUCUCGCAAACUCUCAUUUAUCUCAAGACCGCAAUCUUCGGAACAGCAUGUUCCAGUCAGCGCAGCGGGAAAUGAAAGGCAUAUGGCAAAAAGGUGGUGCCACAGCGUACGAGAGUCGACCUGCCCUUCCAUCCAUUGCAGGAGCGGGGGCAGCAGAUAUGAGCGAUAAUCUGCUGGCGUGGCAUCCCAGUGCUACUCUUUUUGCGCCUUGGAUACGAGCACGACAAGGCAACGAGGACUGCCGGAAAACCAUCCUCAGCUCGUAUCCGAAGACCGUCCAAGCCAAGAUGCGGUCGCGAUGGCAUCCCCUCCACACUUCCAUGUACAUGUGGAACAAGAACUCGUUGGCAAACGUUCUACUGUCAUGUCUGGGUGAUCGAACGGAGAUGGCACACAGUGUCGAGGCACGCACACCAUUCCUCGACCACCACCUCACCGACUUCGUAAACCGAUUGCCCCCCAGCGUCAAGCUGCGCUACUCGGCCGAUACCGCGAGCGAUUCCGGCGAACUGGGCCCUAUCUGGACCAAGUCUAGUGUCGCCUUGCAAUCACUGAAUGAAAAAUGGAUCCUGCGCCAGGCUGUGCGCCCGUUUAUUACAGAUGAGCUGUACAAGCGAAAGAAGCACCCUUUUCUUGCCCCAACUCGAUGGGCAAAGGACGGGCCCUUGUAUCGCAAGUUCAAGGCGCUCCUGACACGAGAGUCUGUAGAAGACCUGGGUUUCGUUAGCUGGACCAUGAUCCAAGAGGCGAUGGAAAUUGCCUGGGGCGAGGCUGCGGAUCCCAAGGCCUUCCGGCUCUUGCUUUAUUGCGGUGCCUGGGUCACCCUUGGCCAGCGUAUGCGUGUGGCCAAGGCAGACGAGGCUGAUUGGGAACUCAACAUGCCGUAG